CUUCCAACAAGCCUCCCCAUCAACUGUUUCACUAUAUCUUGGGCCUCAUAUUUUUAGGAAGGGCACAUGAGAAGGCCGAAGCUAACUAUAGACUCCUGAUGACCAGGCGGCCUAUUUCUGUCAAUGCCGUGAAUUAGCGGCAGGAAUGCAAGUGAGAACGCUCACAAGCUCACAAUGAUUCAAGGCAUCUUCUACGCCCGCUUCUUCCCCAAAGAAGGGACCAAGAUCGUAGCACAAAGCCCGCCGGGCUGUAUCGUGCCCGUUCCCGGCGGCAGCGGCAGCACCAGCACCGCCGCCAAGCCGCCGCUCCUGGACUUCAGCGUGCUGCAAGAGUACAUCAUCCCGCGCGAGUCCUUCCGCAACCGCUACAUCACGGUGGCCGACCCCGAGGGCAAAUACUUUGUGCUCGGCUUCCCCGUGUCGAUCCCCAGCCCGCGCUACGACCGCAACGAGUUCAUCUUCAACUUCGGCCUGGUCGUCGAGAGCGAUGUCGACCAGGUGCCCUACGAGCGCGUCGUGCGGCGGCUUGCCGUGACCUUUGCCGAGAUGGAGAAGCAGAGCGGGUACCUGAGCCAGGAUGUCGAUGGUGGCGGCAGUGUUGGUGGCAGCGGUGGUGGUGCUGGUGGUGUUGGUGGUGGUGAGCACCACGCCAGGAGGCCGAUCGAGUCGUUGCUGGAGAUCAUCAAAGAGGAUCUCAACAACUACGGGGAGUGCAUGAUCCCUGUUGACGACGCCAACACCAUCAACAUGAAGCUCUUCCCGCACCACCCGACCCCGUCCGACGUCAAGGGCUGGCACGUGCCCGUGGCCAAGAUGAGAUUCGCCGACAUCGUCGACCCGACGUGGGACCUGACGCUGCAGCGGGUCGUCGCGUACAUCGACGGCGUCUCGGACGUGCGCCGCAUCGCCUUUCUCGCCGACGUCUCCUUCGAGCUCACAGUGCUGGCCCUGCGCCACCUGCUCUACUACGACACCAUCCUGCUGCUGGACAUGUUCUUCUUCGGGGCCUGUUAUGCGCCCCGCCCCGGGAUCCAUGAGUUUAUCGCCAAUGUCGGCGGGAUGGUGGAUGAGUGUGCGAACUAUGUGUGCGUGGGUGCUCGUGCUACUACUACUACUACUACUAGUAGCAGCGGGCAGGGAGGAGCAGGAGGAGGAGGAGGGAGGGGGAUCGGAGACGGUGAUGAUGAUGAUGAUGAUGAUGACGGCACCGAGAGCACUGAUGACGGCGAAAGUAACGCCGCCGCCGCCGCUGCCGCUGCUGUUCACGGCCACCGCGUGUCCAACUACAUGCUGAUCAAGCUGAUGACGACCUUCUGCGUGGGCAAGACGGUGAUGGAGUGGCUCAAGGGCCACAUGGACGCCGGCUUCGACGUGAUGCGCUUCAUCGACGUGCGGCGGCUGGUGCAGUUCGGCGUGAUCAAGGGGUGCCUCUACCGCGUGCACAAGCACGUCGUGUCCAAGCAGUACCUGGCCGCCCUGGCGACGGGCCAGGCACGCCCGGUCGCCGGCGGCGAUCCGCUGCAGAAGUACACGGACGGGUGUCACACAUUCGACCAGAUCAUCACGGAGCAGAACCUGACGGACGCCGAGAUCAUGGAGAAGUUCAGGAGCUUUCGUGCCCCGGCGGGUGAUUUGACUGUUUUAUACAGGUAA